UGUCUCGGUGCGCGUCCCCGCCGGUGACUGUCUGGAGAGUCUGGAGCAGCUGUCCGCUCGGAGAGGAGCUCGCUGGUCCACGCAAGGACGCGCACUGUGACUAUUUCUUUCUCCGUGUAAAAAAAAAAUCAACAUAUAUACCCGUUGGAUUUUUACUUUGCAACAACGGUGUCGACUCCGCGCGACUUCUUCCACGGCGUCUCUCGCGCGCGGCUGAGGGUGUCUUCUCCCCCCCCCCCACGCGCGAGCAUGCUUUCAAUCAGCGCCUUUGUCUGACACGAGACGAGGGGUUCAGACCUCCACGGUCCGCUCGUCCAGGUCGCGGCAGAAGUUUUGUUUUUAAACGCUUUCUCGUGGGGGGGUGGGGGGGCGGCGGCAUGUCUUCGGCUCGGGUGGAUUACAUUGCUCCCUGGUGGACUUACUGGCUUCACAAUUUCCCCCACGUCAACCUGAGGCUGCAGCCCGUCGACAGCAGCUUCCAGCCCGAGGAGGAGAACUACCAGCAGUCCCUCAUAUUCCUGGGCUGCGUGGCGGCCGCCGGCCUCGGCCUCAACCUGCUCUGCCUGGCCGUCUACCUGAGCUGCUUGUGCUGCUGCCAGAGUGACGACGAGGAGGAGGAGAGCAAGAAGCCCGGCUCCUGCUGCGUCACCUGGUCCGCUGUCGCCGCCGGCCUCAUCACAUGCAUCGCGGUGGGUGUGGGUUUCUACGGCAACAGCGAGACCAAUGACGGCGUGUACCAGCUGACCUACUCCCUGUACAACGCCAAUCACACGCUGGGCGGUGUGGACAGUCUGGUGACGGGAACCAUGGGCAGCAUGAGGAGCGGCCUGCACCAGCACCUCGCCCGGCUGGACGAGAUCUUCGCCACGCGGGGCGACUACGUGCAGACGCUGCAGUUCAUGCAGCAGAUGGCCGACAACGUGAUCAAACAGCUGCUGGGCCUGCCCGACUGGGGGGAGGCCAAAGUGGACCUGGCCGCCGUCGCCGAUCAGACCGCCAACGCGGAGUACUACAGGUGGCUCACCUACCUGCUGCUCCUCAUCCUGGACCUGAUCAUCUGCCUGCUGGCCUGUCUGGGGCUGGCCAAGCAGUCUCGCUGGCUGCUCACCACGAUGAUGGUGUUCGGAGUGCUGACGCUGGUCCUCAGCUGGGCUUCUCUGGGAGCCGACUUGGCCACUGCCGUGGGCACAAGUGAUUUCUGCGUUUCUCCCGACAAGUUCGUCAUGAGCAAGACGAAGGGCGUCAUUGGCUCCGAUAUUGUUCAUUACUACAUUUACUGCAACCAGACCCUCUCCAACCCCUUCCAGCAGCCUCUGACCAUCUUCCAGAGGUCGCUGACCACCAUGCAGAUCCAGAUCCAGGGUCUGCUGCAGUUCGCCGUGCCUCUUUUCCCCCACAGCUGAGGUAACAGGGACCUGCUGGGCAUCCAGCGUUUGCUCAACUCCUCGGAGGCCGGCCUGCACCAGCUGACCGCCCUGCUGGACUGCAGGGGGCUCAACAAGGACUACCUGGACGCCAUGGUGGGGGUGUGCUACGACGGGGUGGAGGGCGUCCUCUACCUCUGCCUCUUCUCCGCCAUGGCAGCCUGCGCCUUCACGGUCAUGCUGUGUGCCAUCCCCAGGGCGUGGAGACAAAUCGCCUGCAGGGAACGAGAUUACGACGACAUCGACGAGGAGGACCCGUUCAACCCGCGGGCGAGGAGGAUAGCCUCCCAGAACCCCAACCUCACCAACAUGCACAGCUUCUGCAGCUACAGCAGCAGCAUGGGCAGCCAGAACAGCCUCCACCCGCCGGCCCCCGCCGUCUCCGGCGCCCCCCUGUCCGAGUACAUGAACCAGACGGCUCUGUUCGGGGGAAACCCGCGGUACGAGAACGUCCCUCUGAUCGGACGAGGCUCUCCGCCCCCCUCGUACUCACCCAGCAUGCGGGCCACCUACCUGUCCAUGACGGAGGAACAGAUUCGACACUUUGGGAGCGACUUUCAAGCGUAGGCCGCGCACACACACACACACACACUCCCAGCAUCAGAGAGGGCAGAGCGGGACACCUCAUCGCUGCAGGAUGCCAAAGCGGCGUGCGGUGUGACCACAGCGGAACCAUAUGUGGGCUGUUCUGUUUUCAUCAACGAAAAGAAUAAGCUUGACCAUUAAAAAAAUGAUUCGACCUCCCUUUUUCUUUGCAUUGCAAAACUGACAUUCAGGUCUCCAAAGAGAUAACCGCUGACGUUAACUUGUUGUUUUGGAUUUAUUAAACUUUGUCCUCGGUAUUUGUGAAGCACAAGCCCAGCAUUGGCAGCACACAGCGGGAGGUAUUGUUCAGGUAUUUCUUUACUUUUACACAGACAAGUGAAUCUUUAAGUAAUGAGACGAGAUGACCUUGAAACCCCAGUUUUGUAUAUAAAUUGUACAUUAACAACAAGGAGGUUCUGGUUUUUUUUGCUUUUUUUUGUUUUAAACAACGUGCCAAUUUUUUAUAUAUAUAUAUAUAUAUAUUGUUUUCUAGUUUUAUGUGGUGAUCCCACAUAGGAUAACUAUUUUUUUGUACGUCCCUAAAGGGCCAUUAAUUAAUUAAUGUUCUCCACAUGUCUAAUCCCGCUAAUAUAACUAAAAGUUGCAGUUUGUAAUGACUCGGGAAGCUGUGCUGCUUUAACAGUAAUUAAUGAGAAUAUUAAGGUAAUAUAUUUCCCAACAAUACGUGUUUGCGUUGACUAGCAUUGAAUUACUGUAGGGAUUCAAUGCAUGCAGUUACUUUUUUUUUUUGUCGGUCCGUGUCACUUUUUUCUAAGCAUGUUGCAUUGAAACAGGCACUUGAAAUGGUGCUUGAUUUUACAUGUGUAAUUGUGAGUUGAAUAAACCUGUUUUUGAGUACAACUCGUGUACUGUACUGU